AUUCCCCCAAGUCGCACCCCCAAAUCAGGCAGCCUUACACCCCUGAUCCCAUCCGCUGCCGACCAACCUUCGCCGCUCCUGACCUCAGCGGCAGUCGAUAACCCUCCACCGUCCCCGACCCUAGCCUCACUCUUCGCCGUCCCUGACCUCUACCGCACCCGGCUUCCUUCCCGACCACCUUGGCGGGCUAGGGUUUGACACCGCCGGCCCUCCUGGUCGUCCUCCGGUUGGUCGCUAGAGGAAACGGCUUCCACCCUCCUUCCAAAGCCUGUGAGCACGGAUGUGGCUCCUCCCACCAUUCCUUCCCCUCUCCUGCUUGGAGCCGCCUGUGACAACGGAUCUGGCUCUCCUCCACCAGCGGCGGAUGGGAUGGCGCGGAUCCACCUCUUCUCCACAAGCAUCGGCUGAGACGACGUGGAUUCGCAUCUCCCCCUCCCUCCUUGCCAUGGCCGCCUUUAUCCGUUGCGCCCCCGCCUUGCAGCUCCGCUUCUGGACGGAGAUUUGGAGGAGUACCCGCCGCUCACGGUGGCUUCAAGCCUUGUUCCCAACUGGCCCUAGAGGCACACUGUUAUGGCUCAUUUAUAUACGGGGGUAGGGGGGCUUCAAGCCUUGUUCCCAACCCGCCGCUCACGGUGGCUUCAAGCCUUCUUCACUAAGGGUGCAAGCUCGACUGAUUCAACGGUCUGCCUUGGUGUGAUGGCUCCCCGUCAACAAUCAGGUUGACGAUGGCCUAUGCUAGCUUCAGUUUCUUACCCUGUUCCAGUCUGCUGGAAGUGUCUCUGCUGCCUCCCCAAGAUGCUGGAAGGUCACCUCCAUCGAUGCUCUCUCCGCCGCUUCCACAAGCCGCCAGACUGUACAGUUCUGCAAGGAAAAAGAAUGGAAAAGGAAUAGAAGAAGACAAUGCUGAAGCACAAGAGCAAGAGAGGCUAGCUAUACUUAAAGCAAGGAAUAGUGAUGAUUUUGAACGAUUUAGGUCCUUUACAUUCUCAAAUCUAAAAGAAGAUUUUGGAGGACGAGCCAGUCAGCGACAAAAUAAAAGAAAGAAGCAAACAAAUAUUGAUAUACUUGUCUUGAGCCGUGGAGCGUGAGGGUCCGUCAUCUCGCUAUGUCCAUACUCGAUAUCCUGUGUGCUACUUGCGUGUGGGCUGUUGGAGUGUUGGUGCUGUUCGGCAGAGAAUAAGAUAUUGGGUUGCUGAGCUGCGACGUGAGUACUAAUUUUUUAAAUAUUUUUGGAGGGUAGUCUAGAGCGUGUUGAAGCCCCCCUACUAGACUCGCCACUGGAUGAGAUACUUCUAUUCUUGUCAGCCUGCCUGAAUGCACGAGAGCCUAGCUGUUGCUCAAAGACCGAAUGCACAACCCACUGCAGCUCAGUCUAUGAGAACAGCAGACCAGCAAGCCUGAGAUGAUGUGUUUCCAAAAUAACUAAGUGUUGACUAAUGCCUUAGUACUACCAUGAUUCAAAUUUUGAGUUUUUUUCCUGUGUUUUUCUUUAAGCUGGUCCGCCCAACUAUUUUGUUGUAGCUCGGCCACUGAUCCAAAUUAAAUUCCAUCCCAUUCAAAUCCUAUAGCAAUUUCUUUGUAGGAUAGUUCUCUAUCAUUUAAAUCCUAUGUCACUCGUAAGAAUAAAUAAGCUUUAUACUAGUAUGUUGUAACUUGGCAUCCAAUCAAUGUAUAUUACCCAAAGAUAAUAAUAUCUUUCUGUGAACACUAGACACAAAUCUGAGCAGUAUAUACUCCAUUUGCAAAUCAAUUCCAUAUCCCUAAUCAUAGUUUUCACUAGUACGGAGUAAUUUGUAACUUUGCAUUCGAACCAAGCAGUAUAUACUCCUUUUGGGAAGUUUUUGUAUGCGUAGUUCAAAUAAUUCCCUGCUUGAUCUAAUUAUGUAAUAUUGCUUGCUGCGAUGAUGAAGUGCUGCACAUUCAGAAGAGUUUUAUUUAUGCGGAUCAGUUAAACUGCAGCAUGUCAAAAUCUUUAAUGUGUUAAUUGAAAAUCUGAAGCAAGAGAUCCAUUUUGAGUUUUUGAUUUGGUGCAGGUUUCUCAAAGAUUGACAAGUUAAUGGAGGUUUGGGAGAUCUACAGGUUGACGAAGAUUAUGAACGCCUACAAUUAAGUCAGUGUAGUGACAAUGGUGCCUUGUUUGUUGAACCUGGAGACUUGCUCUGCUCAUUUUGGUGGUUGUUAAGUCAAUGUAUGCUCAUGUUGGUUGUGUGGUGCAUCAAGAAAUAAAUGUGUUUCUCCUUUUUUGGCACAACUUCAGCUUGGUUGUGUGGCACAUCUAAAAACAAAUAUAAGCACUUCUUUUGUGGCACAACGUCUUUGUAUAUGAUUGCUAUGAUUAUUGAAUGAAGUUCAAUACUU